UCUAGGGAAAAGCGGAGACCCCCACGAUGGGUGUGUGGUUUUCCAUCGCUCCCCAAGGUUCUCUUCCUUGGGCCUUCGCUUUUCCUUGCUGUUAUUGGGGUUAAUCGAAACUCAGCAGUUCGUACGUGUUAUAGAAGUGGAACUUCGUUGAAAUUACCGGUGUUCCAGAGGGACCCGUAUUAAUUAUGAAAGUUAUGCAUAUUACAGAAGUGGAUUUCACUCCUCAGAAAUGUCUAAGAAGACGUGAAGUUUCAGAGAAUAGCUCGCGUGUUUUAACAAAUAUUUACCAAGAGCAUCAUUAUGUGUAGGGCGCAGGGCUAAGGGCUGAACUCUGGAGCCAAGCUGUUGGGUUUGAAUACAAGGGCUGCCCUUUAUUAGCUGAGCAGCCUUUGACAGGUUACUUUACCUGUUACUUCAUUUGUUUUCUCAUCUUUAAAAUGGGUUGUAUGAUUUAAUGAGUUUUCUGAGUACUCUGUGAUUUAUGAUAUUAACUCAUUUCAUCUUCACAAUCACCCAGCAUGUAGUGCCCCCAUUUUCCUGAUGCUCAAACUGAGGCACAGAGAGGUGAAAUGACUUCCUUAGGUCACAGUAAAUACAACCUGACCGGGAAUUAAGCCCAGGCAGGCCACAGUUUUAGCCACUAGAGUAAGUAACCUCAUGAACGUGGUUUGUUCAUUCAGUUUCCGUUGACAAACACUGAUUUUAUUCCUCUGUUGACCAAGUUCUUUGUUGGGUACAGGGAUAAAGCAGAAGAGCAGUCAGACCCUGCCCUCCCGGUGCUUGCAAUCUCCUGCAGGUUGUUCAUAGUUGGGCUGCAGGGCUUGAAUCCUGCUAAAAUCUUUUUGCAAAGCACCCUGAGUACAUCCUGUGGCCCCGGACGGUGGGGAUUAGCAGGCGGAUGGCGGGCUUGUUCUUGAAGUUGCUGAUGAGAUCCCAGCCUUUUAGGCUGUGGUGUUCUAGAGAGAUGCUGUCAGCUCCCAAGUACAGGCCUUUUUUAGCCUGCGUCACCUAUUCCACAAGUAAUCAUUCAAACAAAGAAAAUCAAAGUACAGUGGAAAAGCUCUGUAAACUUUCAGUGGACGUCAGGAAAGUUCGCAGAGUAAGAGGAUGGGUCCUUUUGGAGCAUGAAACCUAUGUCGAAGAAAUUGCAAGUCUCUUACAGCAGCUAGGUGCCGAUGAGACGGCCAUAGCCAGGCUUCUAGAACGCUGCCCAGAAGCCAUUGUCUGCAGUCCAGCCGCUGUUAACACCCAGAGAGAACUCUGGCAGUCGGUCUGCAAAAAUGAGGACGAGCUAGUCAAGUUAAUAGAACAGUUUCCAGAAUCUUUCUUUACUGUUAAAGACCAGGAGAACCAGAAACUGAACAUUCAGUUCUUUCAAGAAUUGGGGCUCAAAAAUGUGGUCAUUGGCAGAUUUUUGACAACAGCACCUAGUAUUUUUCGUAAUCCCGUUGAGAACAACAAACUCAUGAUAAGGCUUCUCCAGGAGAGUUACCUAAAUUUAGGUGGCUCCGAGGCCAACAUCAAAGUGUGGCUACUCAAGUUAUUAAGCCAAAACCCAUUCGUUUUGUUAAAUUCUUCUGCAGCUAUAAAGGAAACCCUGGCAUUUCUCCAGGAGCAAGGUUUCACAGACUCUGAGAUUCUCCAACUUCUGUCCAAACUGAAAGGGUUUCUUUUUCAGCUUGGCCCAAGAAGUAUACAGAACAGUAUUUCCUUCUCUAAAAAUGCCUUUAAAUGCACAGACCAUGAUCUGAAGCAGUUAGUUUUGAAAUGUCCUGCCCUUUUAUAUUAUUCCGUUCCCGUUUUGGAAGAGAGAAUCCAGGGACUGUUGAAAGAAGGAGUUUCCAUAGCUCAGAUUAGAGAGACACCCAUGGUUCUUGAAUUAACACCGCAGAUAGUACAGUACAGGAUAAGGAAACUGAGUUCCUUAGGCUACAGAGUAAAGGAGGGACAUCUGGCAGAUCUGAACGGAACGAAAAAAGAGUUUGAGGCUAACUUUGGCAAAAUCCAGGCCAAAAAAGGAAGGCCAUUAUUUAACCCCGUGGCACCAUUACAUGUUGAUGAGUAAC